AUGCCUACUCCCUUCUGCAAACAGGAGAAAUCAAAUAUGGCUAUAGAUAUUCACGAAGAGACCAAUCUUCGCCUUACGAGGCGCACGUUUCUUGGGAAAACAGUACGGAGCGUCGGAUCACUUGCACUCGCAUCUUUACUGAGCCCAUCAAUUAUCAAUGCAGCGACGGAGAUUGACCAAUGGCAAGGGAUCAUCACCCAGCCGCAUGUGCCGCCAAAGGCAAAAACCAUUAUCCAUCUCUGCAUGGCAGGCGGACCCUCACAUCUGGAGACUUUGGAUUACAAACCGAAACUGGCAGAAUUGCACGGGCAACCGAUGCCAAAGUCUUUCACCGAGGGACAGCCGAUUGCGCAACUCCAAGGGCAAGCAAAUUCACUCAAAUGCCUCGGUCCCACGCAUGAGUUCAAAAGAUGGGGUGAAUCCGGGCAAGAGAUGAGUACGGCGUUCCCACACAUCGGAAGCCUUGCUGACGAUAUUUGCAUCGUCCGCUCCCUGAAAACCGAGCAGAUCAAUCACGAUCCAGCACACACGUUCAUGAACACUGGCACUGCAAUCGCUGGUAGACCGAGCAUGGGUUCGUGGCUGCUCUACGGACUUGGCAGUGAAAACGAAAACCUGCCGGGGUAUGUUGUUCUUACAUCUUCUGGUGGUGGGCAGGACCAACCGAUUGCGACACGACAGUGGCAUAGCGGGUUCCUACCGGGUCAAUUUCAAGGGGUCCAAUUCCAUUCAACCGGCGAUCCUGUUCACUAUGUCACCAACCCUGGCGGCGUGAACACAGAACAGCAGCGGGACGUUGUGGAUACCGUGCAAACGUUGAACGGCAUAUUUGAUGAGACUGUAGAUGAUCCGACAAUUUCAACGCGCAUCAGUCAAUACGAGAUGGCGUUCCGAAUGCAGACGAGUGUCCCCGAAUUGACUGACAUCGCUAAAGAACCGCAGCAUGUGCUUGAUAUGUACGGAGCAAAACCGGGUGACGGCUCCUAUGCAUCAAACUGCCUGCUCGCACGACGGUUAGCCGAACGCGGGCGUACGGUUUAUCCAACUUUACCACCGUGGCUGGGAUCAUCACGGCGGUAUUGA